AUGUCAUCUUCACCUAGCGGGAAUGCCCUCCUCUUGCAGAGGCAAUUGAAGGAACUCAGGAAGCACCCUGUUGAGGGCUUCAGCGCAGGCCUCAAAGAUGAGAGCAACCUCUAUCAUUGGGAGAUCAUGAUCAUUGGGCCUGCAGACACCCUCUACGAAGGGGGGUUCUUGAGGGCUGAGCUCAUCUUCCCGCCAGAGUACCCACUCUUGCCGCCAGAGCUCAAGUUCAAUACGCCGAUGUGGCAUCCCAAUGUCUACGCAGAUGGCAAGCUUUGCAUCUCCAUCCUACACGCGCCAGGCGUCGACCAAUACGGCUUCGAGGAUGCGAGCGAGCGAUGGCUUCCUGUGCAUACCGUCGAGUCCAUCCUCGUAUCCGUCAUCUCCCUUCUCUCGGCAGACGUGCCCAACCUCGAUUCUCCGGCUAAUGUAGACGCAGCAAAGCAAGUGAGAGAGGAUUUUGCCGGGUACAAGAAGAAGGUCCGCAGAUUGGUGCGACAGUCCGCGGAAGAGGCCUACGAUUGAGGUUUGCGCGAUGCCAACGGAGGAGCAUACCGCCCUUCAAGCUACUGUCAUUGGAGCCCCUCACAUAUCUCUGCACUCUCAACGCACCUGCACCCAUCCCUGCCGCUCUCAUUCCCUCCCCCUUGUACUCUAGACAGCUACGCUCUUUUCAUGCUUCAAUGGCUACGAAUGGACUCGAUGACUUUAAAGCGCGCUC